AUGCAUCUAGCGAAGAUCACCUUCGUCCUCAUGGUCAAUCAAGAAGCUGCGACAGGUCGUCAAGAUGAGCGCAAUCCAAGCCGCCUGCUUCCCGGCGGCACACCUUGUGGUGUCCCCGACGAGAUCGUGAUGCUGAUACUGCGCGAAACGAGCAAACGCGACAAGAACAACCUGAUGCGGAGUUGUCGCCGGUUAUACCCCAUUGUCCGUUAUGAGCUCCUGACGGAGAACAUCCGUGACGGCGCCUCCAUCAUGCGUUGGGCAUGUGCGAAGGGUAAUAUCGCGGUGCUUGCCACAAUGCUGCAGCUAGGCGCAUCGAAAGACCACAUUUUCGAGUCUCACAUGGACAUUCGAGCCGGCAUAUCUGUGUGCCUGUCAGGAGACUUGCACUACGCGUGCACCCCGUUGAUCGCUGCUGUGGCCUACCAACAACAUCGCAUCGUCGAAUACCUGAUUGAAAAGGGGGCAGACGUGAACUUCGCACCGGCUUUCCCCUCCAUGGCGAAAGGGAACGGCGACUUGAACUUGAGCACGGAAUCGUCACUGGGGCGUGUCGCUCGGCCAAACUGGUGGCAUUACAGACCAAUCCACUGGGCUGUGAAUCCGAACCUUGAUCUCUGUCUCUGGCGCCCCGCAAGUGCCGCCGUUCAGUUGCCCAUGGCGAUCUGCACCGUUCAUUUCGACGGCUAUGGUUCCUUCUCAGCUCUCAAUCUUGCAUUGGCCAACGAACAUGUUCCAGCAGGCGUUGUACGCAUGCUGAUGGACUGGGGCGCAAGCCCCCUGAGGUAUGCCGACCAGAAAGAAAGAUCGGCUCUGACUCUCUUCCAUCGUUACCGAGGGCGCUCAUCCUUCAUUUCACAGAGGCGUAUCAUGACAAACGACGAGAAGAAGUUGAAUUUCCUUCUAUCACAAGAUAUUGCCGAGUCAGAAGCAAGGGACCGCGUUGGAGUGUUCUUGUUCAACUAUCUCGUCCAGAGAAACCCAACCGUGAUGCAAUUGGGAUUCAUGCGAAUUCACCUGCGGUAUCUGCCGACAGGCAUGGAGGAUUGGUACCUGGCGGCAAGAGAUACUCAUGAUUGGACACAUUGCGAGUUUAUUGAGGGUGCUAAGAGUCUAUUCACCCUGCUCCUCGACGCCGGCGCAUUUCCGGACGGCAGACUAGGAGGCCCUGUCGUAUCUCGCGAACCGGACACGCCCCUGACAAUUCUUUGCAACAGCAGCGUCAGCGAAAGCAGUCCUGGGCAGACUCAGAUUCCAGUGGCGACGUACGUAGAUCUCUUCAUAACGCGAGGCGCCAGAGUCGACUUCGCUUGCGGAACCGGCCUGAAGCCAUUACAUUACGCUGCCUUGACUCUUCUGUCGGACGUUGCGGCUAGUCUGCUGGAAGCAGCGGAGAACCCGCGCCGCAUGGUCGACGAACCGGACCCGCAAACCGGACUCACACCCUUGAUGACAGCAUGCAAGCUGUCUGCAUCUCAUGGUUCUGAGCGCAGCCGGGGAUUUGUCUGCGUAAUGCUGGAACACGGCGCCUCAGUGUCCGCCACGGACCAGAACGGCCGAACCGCACUCCUUUAUGCGUGUGAUCCCGGAGACGUCGAUCUGGUCAAGCUCCUUGGUGAAAGCUCAAAGAUCGACUCUGAGAACUUCAACCAGCUGUAG